UUAAAAAACAUAAAAGUGACGUCUAUCUAUUCAACUUCCGGUUCCGCCAUCUUUCUUUCCGGUUUUGCGCCUUCUUGUAGCCGUCAUGAAGGUCGAGUUGUGCAGUUUCAGCGGGUACAAAAUAUACCCCGGCCAUGGCCGCCGAUACGCCAGGACGGACGGGAAGGUUUUCCAGUUCUUGAACGCAAAAUGCGAGUCUGCAUUUUUGGCCAAGAGGAAUCCCCGACAGAUCAACUGGACUGUGCUGUACAGACGCAAGCACAAGAAGGGACAGUCCGAAGAAGUGAGCAAGAAGCGAACCCGCCGUGCUGUCAAGUUCCAGAGGGCCAUCACUGGCGCCUCACUGGCUGAGAUAAUGGCCAAAAGGAACCAGAAGCCCGAGGUCCGAAAAGCUCAGAGAGAGCAGGCCAUCAGGGCUGCCAAGGAAGCCAAGAAGGCAAAGCAGGCAGCCAAGAAGCCUGCUGCACCUAGUGCUAAGGCUAACACCAAGGCUGCACAGAAGCCCAAAAUCGCCAAGCCCAUGAAGGUGAACGCACCUCGUGUCGGCGGCAAGCGCUAAGCCCUGGCUCCUUGUUUUUGGUUGUGAAUAAAAGUUUUGUGGGUGACCAUC